CUGUACAUUCACACAGUUGAUAGACUAUCUUCUGCAUAAGGAAAAAAAUGGCUUCUUGUCAUAUCCGUUCAUUUAGUUUACCUUCCAGAUCUCAUCCGCUAAUUGUUAAUAUUGAGGAGCAGUUGUGCAAAUUGAAGGCAUCUCAGUCCUCAACAAUGAGCUGCAAAUUGAAUAGCCUAAAGAAUUUGUUUGAGUGCACUGAUGAUUUGCUUCAAAUGCCAGUGGCUCAACAGACUCUCUCCCAUGAAAGUCAAAGCCAGUGUGUAGAAGACGCAUUGAGUGGAUCUCUGGAUCUGCUGGUUUUGUGUGAUUCCACAAGAGACUUUUUCUCACAGAUGAAGGAAUGUGUGCAAGAACUUGAAUUAUCUCUUCGUAGAAGAAAAGGUAAGGACUCUGGCAUGACAACCGAUUUUGAGGCUUAUGUUGUAUCUAGAAAGAAGUUGAGUAAAGUUAUCUGCAAAUAUCUGAGAAAUUUGAAGAGAAAGGAGAGGAAAUGCACAACAGCAGCCUUGGAAAAUAACUCCAACCUGACAAACAUGUUUAGCCUAUUAACAAGAGUCCAAGAAACUAGUCUUGUGGAGUUCAAGUCGAUCUUAUCUUUCAUUUCUCAGCAAAAGGCAAAAUCAAAGCUCUCUGGCUUGUCUAUCAUCUCAAAAGCACUGCAAUCCAAGCGUGUAUCAUGUGAGGUGGAAAUUGAAGUAAAUGAAGUAGAGAAGAUUGAUGCAGAAUUGCCUAUCCUAAAGUCAAGCAAAGAUAUCAGUAUUUCUCAACUUCAAAACCUUCUUAAAGGAUUGGAGUCUUUGGAGUCGAGCAUUCAAGAAGCUGAGGAGGAGCUAGAAUGCAUUUACAGGCGAUUGGUGAAAACUAGAGCAUCACUUCUCAACAUCCUGAAUCAUUAGUGGGGUUGCUUCCACAAACUCCCCUACACAAUUUUGUAUCAUACAAAUUCAGUUCCCAAUUGUAGAUAUAUAUACACACAGAAAAUGAAAUCAAAGAUUUAUAUACUCAG